AACUCCCGCUUAAGCGAUACUUAACCGCAAAUUUCUUUUAAUAAGAGUUUCUUUUAAAUUUCCACCAUAAAAAUGAGUACAUCACAAAAACAUCGAAAUUUUGUCGUUGAACCCAUGCAAGAAAAACCCGUUACAGACCUCGCUGGUGUAGGAGAUGUUCUGGGUAGAAGAUUAACGGAAGCUGGCUUCGAUAAGGCUUAUGUGGUUCUAGGUCAAUUUUUGGUAUUGAAGAAAAACCAAGAGUUAUUCCAAGAAUGGAUGAAGGAAGUUUGCCAAGCGAACGUCAAACAAUCAUUGGAUUGCUAUACUUGUUUGAAAGAUUGGUGUGAUGAGUUCUUGUAAAUAGGAGUUGUUUCGAAUGUGCUUAAUGCAAUCAUUAUUUUGAAUAUGUGUAAUAAUUAUGUGAAAACAUCUUAUUCUCUAACAAAUUUGUACUAAAGUUUUUAUUUUAAAAGAGUUUUGUAAUAACUAUAUUUAAUAAAUACCCACGAAAUGAAAUAAUGUAACAAAUAA